CGCCUUUGGAAAGGGGGCUGCUGACGCAGGAAUCCUCCCUCCCAUCUCUCAGGUCUCUUUCCCCACCCCAUCCCUCCGCUCCCCCCAAAAUCCACCCUCCGCCUCGCCAAGCCGCCGCGAUGUCCUCGGAGAAAACAGGACUUCCUGAUUCCGCCCCACACACCUCUCCCCCACCCUACAACACUCCCCUGCAACCUCCUCCUCCACCUCCCCAGGAUGCCCCCAUCCCAGGAUACAGCGAUUCCUCUGCUACUGUCGUGCAUUCGGGAACAGCCACUUUGCCCCGGCUGGGAGGGGCUGCUUCUGUCCCCAGGCCUCCCCCAACAUCAGCCACUCUCCCGCGCCCGCCCCGCCACCAUUCUGCCACCCUCCCCCGCCUCCCCCCUGACCCCUAUAUGCAGGAAACACAGUUCAACGGAGCUGCCCAGGGCUACGUAGUGCAGACGCAUCCGCCUGUCGGGACCCUUCCCAUCGGAGGCUACAUGCACCCAGGGUAUCCAGUUCAGCUACAGCCUUGUACGGCAUAUGUGCCGGUCUACCCUGUAGGGGCGCCCUACUCUCAGGCCAACCCGCCUCCUCCACCAGCUCUCUCCCCAACACAAAUGACGUCUGGCAUUCCCAUCUUGGAACCCCGGCGCCCACCACAUGAUUAUCUUCCCAUCGCUGUCCUCACCACCAUAUGCUGCUUCUGGCCCACAGGGAUCAUUGCUAUCAUCAAGGCUGUGCAGGUGCGGACUGCAGUUGCCCGCGGCGACAUCGUAUCGGCUGAAAUUGCCUCCCGGGAGGCCCGCAACUUCUCCUUCAUCAGCCUGGCGGUGGGCAUCGCCGCCAUGGUCCUGUGCACCAUCCUUACAGUGGUGAUCAUCAUUGCCGCUCAGCACCAUGACAACGACUGGGACCCCUAGCCUGUCUUCGGCCUACUCCUGCACCCUGACAACUGGUCACAACCGCCCUGGCAACAGCCGCCCGCAGGGAUGGUCCUUGGCAACCGCCUCCCCUCCUUCUCCCCUGUCUUCGCCCUUGCCGACGACACUCGAAAUGCUUGGCAACCCUUCUCCACCCACUCUCCGCCCACUCCCAUCGUCCUUGGCUGUUGUUGGCCUUGCUAGCCGUACCGACUCAGCAAAAUGACUUCCAGGUGAUGCCAUUCAGACGUGCUCCAUAAAGCUAAGGCUCCUAGCAAAGUUGCUUGUCCUCCGUCCAUUCCUUUCCCAGAAUACGUUGCUUGCUUCCUUCCUUCCUGAGGAGUAGGCUCCGCCUUCUGUGACCAAGAAGUAACCAUCUUCCUCCCGCUGUGUUUGCAUGCCUAGUGCUGCCCUUGUAUGGACCGGGGUGCCAGCGCAGUCUUGGAUAAAGCCCUGUCUCUCUGCCCCCAUCAUUCUUUUCAUCGGCUGCUUCCCUUUCUCCAUUUUUGCAAUAGCUAGAGGCACCCAGUAUUUUUGGAGAGCCUGAUCGGCUAUCUCCCCGUUUUAUCUGAGGCGAGAAAGGAACCGUUGCUUUCAAGCCAAGUGAAACAAAUCACCGUCCGUAAUUAGGAAGGCAUAUAUUUUCAUACGCUGUUUAGCAAUGUUGCAUUCGGUAAGCAUGCAAAGUAUAAUCCACAGCCUGUUGUUUUUUUUUAAGUUCUUUUUUGCAGGGCUUAGCAUCACUCUUUUUAUACCUUUCAUUUUGCACCAGGGUUCUAACAUUUCUUCCUUGGAGAAGACUCUGAAAGUUGUUGUUUUUUUUAAAAAAAACCACAAACUCUGUACUUAAGUUUGAUUUCAUCCCAUCUGUCUCCACGCUCUGCAAUCCACAUUUUUACGUUUUAUCCUCGCCAUUUUCUUAACAGAGGGGCUUAGAGAGUUUUGUUGCCUUUCAGUGACUUUUACUCAGAGAGCCAACUCUUUUGCUACUGGCUGAUAUCCAGGGUCAAUUAGGCAAGGCACAUUACAGUAAACUUCCAACCACGAAAGAAAGAAAGGUAACUAAAGGGACUUAAUAAGAACUACCAGACAAUUAUUUGAUAGUAUCAAUACUUCGAUAGCAGCCAGCACAAUGAUGGCAGAAAACAUAGCAAGAUCUAGCUGAUCAAGAAGACAGAAAUGGGGGAGGAGAUGUAAAGUAACUGGAGGAUGAAAGAGGCAGCAAAAGAUCCAAGUGUCCAUUAAUAAAUGGGGGUGUCCAGUGGGGCCAUUUCCAGGACCAGGUAAUAUCCAACCUAGAAGAAAAUCUAGAGAAGGGUUCCGGAUUAGAUGCUUUUAUAGCAUCAUAUGCUAAAUAAGAGUAAGGCCUACUCUAAACGUGGUGAUGAGACAAUAGGAUGGACUACACUCUUACAGAUCAAAAGAAGUGAGAAUAAUAUAUUUUUGGUCCCCGGCUUUUAAAUAUUAAUCAGCAAGUAGCGCCAAGGUAACAUGUUAGGCAACCAGAUUUAGACAAAGUUUAGACCCUUAUUUGGCUUACCACACUUACUUGUCUGAUCAUCAAUCACCCUAACCUACCUCAGGCUUACUUUUAAAAAAAAUAUGUGAUCCACAGAACAGCCUAAUAGAGAUAGUCCUCCACUUACGGCUUACAAAAAAAAAUUGAAUUGGUCAUGUGACUGAUCUGCUUUAUGGCCAUGAGUAGGGUCCAUUACGGUCAUAACUUGAGGACUCGCUGUAGCAAGCCAAGAGAAGGAGUGAGCUAUUCUGGCUAUUAGUACCAACUAGUUUUUCAUCAGGAGGGAUUUGGGAAAAAUACUCAAAAUUGCAACCCACACCUAUGUUCUGUAAUCAAACAAUGAUAUGUAAUCCAUCACUUUUGGGACAUGCAAAUUGAUGCCACUGGAAACAGUGAGAGAAUCUUUUACCUUAUUUCCGCCUGGAAGUGAAUGAUAUUGAUAAGUGAUAUUUUUGAAUACUUUUUUCUAUGAAUGACACUGCAGGUAGUAAAUUAGCAUAGAAGAAAGACGAAAAUACUGUUCCUUUUGAGGUGCUAGUUUAUUUACAUGCAAGUAGUUUGAUAUAAACAAGGGAGAACAAUUUACAGAAAGAGCUCCUUUAAUUUAACAAAUGGACAUGAGACAAUUGAGACUUGACACCACGCCUUGUUCUGAUUAAUAAAGUAGAUCGUUUCUAAGUUGCAUCGGCCAAAAUCGAUUGGCUGGUUUAAUGGGCACGCAACACGGUGCGUUUCAGGCAUGGGGAGGCUUCCCUACAGAAUUUUUUUUUGCAUUCCUUUGUAUUUUUAAGGCCUCCUGUUCUCUCCAAUCUGUGCCAAAUCUCGUUAUCAUAUGAACUUCCUAUUCAUUCCCCCUCCCCCCCCCACCUCUUUGGAUGUUGGACUCUAUACUCUUAUCUCUGUUUGCAAGUGACAUGGUUACAGAAUCUCUGUUAAUAAAGACAUUUGAUUGAUUCCCUGCAUCUGAUGUAAUUGUAUUUACAAGUGGAAGGUUCGAUAGCCUUUCUCUCACCCCGGUCAAUCGUUUCUCACCUCCUUCCCCCCCCCCCAUUGGUUUACAAUCCCCAAAUUCUGCAGUCUCUUAGGAGAUGGUUGCUUAGAAACAGCAAAAAAGGGAUAUGGAUUUAAAGCGAUCGCUGGGCAUGUGACAGCCCUAGAAAAGCAAGGAGAGAAACCUAUAAUAAUAGCAAGAGGGGUGGGAGAUUUUGGCUUUCCUCCACCACAGCAGAAUCUCCAGCUGAGUGUCACACCUGCAAGGUUUUUGUUUUUUAAAAAAAUAAGGAUUCUGCAAUAUUCAUAUUCCUUCCUCGCCUUGCGAGUACCACUUCCAAAUUUCUGCCUAUGGUAUAUAAAUGUGCAUACGGUUUACUACUUUUGUUUCCAAGAUGCCAGUUUUCAAAAUAGCAUCUCUUUCCUUCUCCUUCAAAUGGCAUGAAGAUUGUGCUCUAGUACAGUGAUCACUAACUGGUGGUAAAUGAGAAAAUUUGGGUGGUCCGCAGAUAAAUCUUUGCAUUUUUUUAUAUCACACUAAAUCAGGGAUCCUCAAACUAUGGUCCCUGGGUCGGAUACGGCCCGCUGAAGCAAUUAAUCUCACUCAUUGAUGGGAUGUGGUCCUUCAGGCACUUACUUAGCUGCCUGUUUAGUAACUCCAGGCGCUUCAGUGAACAGUGCUUGAAACUUUGUCCAGGAUCCUUGAAAGACAGAGUUUGCAGGGGGCCGAUCUAACGCCUGGGCUGGCUACAAGAAAAACAUUCAUUCUUGGCUGUAUUUGAGAUUCCCAGCUGCAAUGGACAGCAAACCUAGAGUUGAUCCUGGGCGCUUCUCUCCGCUAACAAGUGGCCAAGCUGAGUGCCUGAAAGACCCCAUCCUUCAGUCACUAAUUCAUACAAGGGAACCAUGGGAUUAUGAAUUUAGUGGUUCCUGCGGUCCGAAAGGUUGGUGACCCCCUGCUCUAAUGGGCCAAUUUGUUUUUAAAAAGUAAGUAAUUUAGUCCAAUCUAUCUAACUGGGAGAUGCCCAAAUCCCCAUCAAACCUUUAAGCCUUAUCUGCUCUUCCUGUGAUUUUUUAUCAAAGCAAUGUGUUUUCUUGCUAAUCUUCACAACUGAAAACAGUGAGAAAUUUGUCUGGGGAAAAAACCCACACCUCUGCAUUAAAAUAAGGGCGAAUACUUUGAGGACUGUGGCUUCUGUACAAAGUCUCCCAUAAAAUUCCUCCUUUGUACUCGUCCAGCGUGAACCCAGAGUCACCACAUAGUGUACGUAAAGCUUUGAGCCUGAGUUGUAUAAAGAAGGAAUAGAGGAAAUGUCAUCGGUCUUCCCUGACUUAACUUCCAAUGGUUUGACAAAAGCCUUGCCAGAUUAGGCUCAUUUUUUAAAAGGUCCAGCAGCUCUGGCUAUUUUGUAUUUUUCAUUAUAUAUGUUUCAUUGGUUCUAGAGCAGGGGUGUCAAACUCAAGGACGCAUCUGAUGUGGUCAGAUCUGGCCCGCAGAGCCAUCCUGGAAAAUGUAAGGGGCCAGUCUGCUUCGCUUCUCCCCAGUCUACCCAAUAUGAAGAGGAAACAUUGGGUCAGUGUGGCUCUUUGCCAGUGCAAAGAGGAAACAUGUCGGCAGUUUAGGGAGUGGUGUCAAGCCGACCACCCAGCUGACCACGCCUGCCCAGCGUCAACCACAGCCCUGAUACGGCCCUCAAUGAAUUUGAGUUUGACACCCGUGUUUUACAGCAAUCAGACCCUGCCUGUCAUAUCUCCACUUGUAACGAGGCAGUUCAUUCAGUGCUCCUUCCUUGCCUUUGCAUGGUAAAAAGUCCUUCUGAAAGGCCUUCCUUCCUUCCGAGAUACAGCUUUGUCAUCUCAGGGAUGUAUCUGACAAUCCACCUUCUGUCAGGCCUGGAAGCCAUCUUUUACAUUUGGGC